UUUUCGACGAGCAUCUUGACCGAUACGCAGGUGUUUCGUUGGUGCAUUAGGCAAACCCGAAGGAAGUCCAGGACGGUUUCGAAGACUCCGGGCUUUGGGGCGAUCGAUCCAGUGAAUCUUUGCAGUUCGUGUUAUAUCGCUGGGAAUCAAUCGAAUCAACCGAAUGAAGAACGAUUGCACGCGAUACGGGGGAGGCCUACCUUCUCGGUGAAGCAUUUCGUUUAAUUAAAUUAGAAAAAAAAAAUACAAGACGAACAACAUCGAAGUGACAAGAGUCCGACGGGAGCUCGGCAGUUAGGUGAGCUACACGAUCAGUUGCACCACGCGCAAAACAGUUGUCAAACUGGGUAGUGGCAAGGUAGACGACGCGUCAGUCUAACCGUCGGCGUAAAGUGUGCCGGAAGCCGUCAUGUUAGUACCCUGACAGGCUGUAGCGAACAUUUGUGGGGAACAUUACUCGCCAGUACUUCGGACGGAUCUCCAACGGAUACGUGCUUUCAGUGCGAGUGUUUACGGUGUGUGUGUGAGUGGUGGUGGUGCGCUGGUGUGUGGGUGUGCUUAUGUGUGGGCGUGUGAGAGCACGCCCCCACGCGUAGACAGCCGGCGUUCGUGGCCGGAGAUCAUCUCAACAAAAAACUCAACAAUCACACGAUGAAGAAGGCGACAGAGUCGCGCGAAAAUCUCGUCAACUCGGCCGUCUCGCUCGAGGACGGUACGACCGAGCCGGUGGACGAUCAUCCUUCAACGCUGCGCUCGAUGAAGAGCGCCACGUCCGAGUUUGACCUCGACGUGCAGGAUAUAGUGCUGACGAAAACCGAGAAGCGCUUUCUGCUCACCGCGGAACGGGGUGAUUGCGCAACCGUAAGAAGAAUCAUCCAAGAAAAUCGGGAACAGCCGGAAGAGUUCGACAUUAACUGUGUGGAUCCGCUCAACCGUUCUGCCCUGAUAGCGGCCAUCGAAAACGAAAAUAUCGAGCUGAUCAACUUGCUGCUACGGGAAGGUAUCAAAGUCAAGGAUGCACUGCUGCACGCCAUCAAGGAAGAGUACGUCGAGGCGGUGGAAACGCUGCUGCUGUGGGAGGAGGAGAACCAUAUACCGGGCGAGCCCUACAGCUGGGAAGCGGUUGACCGGUCCUCGUCGUCGUUUACCGCCGACAUAACGCCCCUCAUACUGGCGGCUCACAAAAAUAAUUACGAGAUUCUUAAAAUCUUGCUCGACCGCGGAGCUACACUGCCGAUGCCGCACGACGUACGGUGUGGCUGUGACGAGUGUGUGACCUCCAGCGAGCAGGACUCUCUGCGCCACUCCCAGUCACGUAUCAACGCGUACAAGGCGCUCUCGUCCAGCUCCCUGAUAGCGCUCAGCUCAAAGGAUCCCAUAUCGACGGCGUUCCAUCUGUCGUGGGAGCUGCGACGCCUCAGCCGUAUGGAGACGGAGUUCCGGGCCGAGUACACGCAAAUGCGUCUAUCGGUGCAGGAGUUUGCGACGGCCCUACUCGACCAUGCUCGCACCUCGAACGAGCUGGAGAUCAUGCUCAACUAUAGCCCCGGUGCGGUAGACAACUGGGAACCGGGUGAACGGCAAACCUUGGAGCGUUUGAAGCUGGCCCUAAACCACAAGCAAAAGAUGUUUGUCGCACAUCCGAACGUACAGCAGCUGUUGGCGGCUAUCUGGUACGAGGGCUUACCGGGCUUUCGGCGCAAAUCGAUCGUCGGACAGAUCAUGCAGGUGGCGAAGCUGGGCACGAUGUUUCCUGUCUACAGCAUGAUCUACAUGAUAGCACCGAACUCGGACAUGGGUCUGUUUAUGAAGAAACCGUUCGUGAAGUUUAUCGUCCAUUCGGCAAGCUAUGCGUUCUUUCUAAUGUUGCUUGGUGGUGCUUCUCAGAGGGUUGAAUAUCUUGCUAUCGAAUGGUUUGGACCGGACUGGGCCCAGGACAUACUGGCGGAAUGGAAACGCAAGGAGCGCGGAUCACUGCCUGGGAUGUUCGAGUGUCUCGUGAUACUGUACAUCAUAAGUUUAAUAUGGCACGAGAUGAAGUCACUCUGGAACGAUGGACUAAUGGAGUACGUGUCCGACUUAUGGAACAUCGUCGACUUCAUCUCGAACACGUUCUACAUCGUGUGGAUGAGCUUGCGCUUCACCUCCUGGUACACGGUUUGGCGCGACGCAAAAGCGGGACUGAAUCCCUGGUAUCCACGCGAACAGUGGGACCCGUUCGAUCCGAUGCUACUGUCCGAAGGGGCAUUCGCUGCCGGGAUGAUCUUCUCCUUCCUGAAGCUCGUGCACAUCUUCUCGAUCAAUCCGCAUCUUGGACCGCUGCAGGUAUCGCUCGGGCGUAUGAUUAUCGAUAUCAUCAAGUUCUUCUUCAUCUACACGCUGGUACUGUUUGCGUUCGGGUGCGGGCUGAACCAGCUGCUCUGGUACUACGCGGUGCUGGAGAAGAACAAGUGCUACCAUCUGCCGAGCGGUUUGCCUGACUUUGAUAAUAAUGAGAAGGCUUGCGCGAUAUGGAGACGGUUCGCCAACCUGUUCGAAACGUCCCAAUCGCUGUUCUGGGCCUCGUUCGGGCUGGUCGAUCUGAUGGCGUUCGAGCUGAGUGGCAUCAAGAGCUUUACGCGCUUCUGGGCCCUGCUAAUGUUCGGUUCGUACAGUGUGAUCAACAUCAUCGUGCUGCUGAAUAUGCUGAUUGCCAUGAUGAGCAACUCGUACCAGAUUAUCUCGGAACGUUCCGAUACGGAGUGGAAGUUUGCACGGUCCCGGCUGUGGAUGAGUUACUUCGAGGAUGGAGAUACGCUACCGCCACCGUUCAACCUAUUCCCGUCAAUCAAAAACUUUACCAACCUAUGCAAAUGCUCCAAUGAUAAACGGUCCACCACAAGCAUUAUUAAACGGAACCGGGAGAAAGCCCAGAGGCGACACGAGAACGUCAUGAAGUUGCUGGUGCGUCGUUACGUCACGGCCGAGCAGCGUAAGCGCGAUGACUUUGGUAUCACCGAGGAUGACGUGAUGGAGAUCCGGCAGGACAUUAGCACGCUGCGGUACGAGCUGAUCGACAUACUGCACCAGAACGGUAUGCGAACGCCGAAUCUGAAGCCGAACGAGAAUGCUAUUGCCGGUAAGAAGGGUCGCGUCAUGGAGCGACGCAUACUGAAGGACUUCCAGAUCGGCUUCGUAGAGGGCAUCCUGCAGGAUACGUUCAGCUCACCGAGCGAAAAACCGGCCGAUGUGUUCAGCACCAUCGCGAAGGCAAUCGGCAACAAGUCGAGCACGAAGAAAAAGAAGCCGGAAGAUUGGAAUGCACUGGUGCGGCGCAGUACGGUGGCACGCGAUCCUAUCGGCAACUCGACGGAAGCUAUUAUGCGCCGCAGUCGGCAAAGCUUGCGCAAGCAGAUCCUGGACAACUCGAACAAGGGUCUCGAGAUGGACACGGACCAUCUGGUCGAGUACAAUCCGAAGCUGUCGGAGGUGACGCCGGUAACGCGCGUCGCGUACGUCAAGUUUAUGACCACGAAGAUGAAGAAGGAUGCGGCGGAUGUCGCGGCUGGCGGUAGCGAGACCACCUCGUUCGAGAACGAGCGUCGCCAGUCGUGGAAGCGUAGCUCGCUGAAGAAUUUGGUCGACAUGAAGGACAAGAUUAGUAAUCUUGACGGAGAUGGUGAGCAACCACCGGCGAAGCAAUCGCAGGAUGAGGAUGAACCGAAGGCAACGGUUGCUGUCGAGGAACCGAAGCCGGAAGAGGAGUCUACACCACCGGACCACCAGCCGGUGGAAGAGGUGCGAGAGCAGCGUCCGAAGGUGCGGGUCCGAUCGCCAAUCAUCGAGGAUCCGAACGAGGAGCGUGCGGACACACCGUCCUGUGCCAGUCCACCGCCACCACCGGAACCAAUCCCGGAACGGCCGGUAUCGCCGAUCCCUCCCCACAGUCCACCCUUGGACCGUCAUCCCGUGCCGGAGUUGGAGGAACCGUCGCCCCCAACACCGACGAAGGAAGUCGCUGUGAAGCGCACGCCCGAAGAUACACUCUCGCCCACGGGAUCGACCAAGUCGACGGAAUCGCGCCGGAAGGUGGCCUCACCGUCGACCAAACCACCGGAACGGCUCACGCUCAGCCCAACACCGACCGACGAUACACCCGGACCGCCGACAGCCUCACCCUCCAAUCGGGGCAAAUCAAAGAGCACGGGCCGUAACCUGGGUGGCUGGAUUUAACCGCCGCGGAGAUUCGAUAGAUUUUGCUCCUUUUGACUUGGUGUCGUCCCGCAAGUCGUAGCGUUCCUGACGGUUGGCAUCUUCUCCCCAUCUCGAGCAAGGACUUAUUCGUUCACGUGCGGUUUGGUCCCUCUUUAGGUGCCCCCUCCCCAUUCCCCAGUUUUUGCUUGCUCUCUGUGUGUUUGUGUGUGUGUGUGUCUGCCGUCCCGUACCUGUCGUCGUUGGUGGUUCGGCAGUCCAAAGCCGCUUAGCUCGUUAAUUAGUGAUAAUUUGUUUGUUUUGUACUUUGAAUGGAAUAAAUAAAGUGGGCAUCUUCCUUCUUUUCCUUCCUCACUCACCAGAGAUGCAAGACGUUUGCGCGCUUGGGGCGCAAACGUCCAGGAAUCUCCCCCACGCUCCUAGGCUCCAGUUCGCAAUUUUUGCACUAUCGAUUUUGCGUCCACCGGCGUCCACCGAAGACGUCACACAAGCGUGGCACGUACCCAGGUUUCGGUCAUCCAAAUUAUCGUACCGCAAAAUUUAUGUCACCCUUCCCUGUCACGCUCUCUCUCUCUCUCUCUCUCUGUCCGCUCUCAUACUCACAUCCCAAGUUGGCCCAAUUCCUGUUCAUUGCUAUCAUCACUUUCGGCUUUUAGCUCGUAAGCGCUUCUGCCAGCCGUCCUGCAUCCGACACCAAUCCGGCAAGGGCACGCUUCGUCGAUAAUUGCACCAUUUGUAGAUUGAGUGGACCGUUUGGACCAGCAACCUGUGGCCCAAAGCACUGUGGACGCGUAGGAGCGGGUUCCCGCAGUCACGUACCGAAGAAAGAAAAAUGCCAACGGAAAUCCCGGGACCUCCUUCUCUUGUGGUGGACAGGUGGUUGCAUUACAAGCCGCAUAUGUUAGGACGUAAGCUAUAGCGCAUGCAUGCAUUAAUUAAUGUGCUAACAUUGCCACGUAUUAGGAAUUAGGUGUAAUUCAGUUUUGAAUGUAUGUGUUCCACUCUCUCUCUCUCUUUCUCGCGUUCGAACUCCUUUUUUUCCCAGCUUCGCAAUUGCGUACCGAAUGUACUGAGGUAAUGACUUCAAUAAAGUUCGACAGAUACAUAUGGCGGAUACAAGUUAAACGCAAAAACCGUGUGAAAAUAUCUGUGUCUUGUGUCUCCAUUUGCAAAUCCAGAUUGAUAGGCAAUCUGCUACAUGAUUGUCAUACAUAGUUUCUGAGAUUCGGAUUACAUAUUAAAACUGAGCUCUGAUGCACUUUUUCGCUUUCGCUUCAAGAUGAUGUGGAUAGCUGGACUUCAUCUUGAUUGGUGACUCGGACCACAAAAUCUUAACAAAAAAUCCGACAUUUUGUUUCUGAGUUGUCCAAACUUUCAAUCGAUAGCCAUUGACACACAUUUGAUUUUGAAGUAAAUCUGGGAAAUCAGUAAUUUCUUAUCCAGGGGAUUAGCAAUUAAAA